AUGUCAAUGUCGAUUGAUUCAAAGGGUUCGGAUUUUUCGGAAAAUGAGUGCUUGGCUUCGCCAGUUGGGAAUGAUGGAGGAGCACAGGAAAUUGAGCAACAUUGGGCUCCGCCACAAAAUAUGAUGCCGUUUUGGAAUUCGCAACCAUUGAGGUUAGUUUGAAAUAGGGAAAGGGGUUUUGGUUCUGAAAUUAGAUUUUGACUAGCAUAAUUGCUGCCAUGGGCUAAAUUCCAAUAUUUUUCUUGAACCAUUUUUAACUUUUCAAUCAGUAUUCCGAGAUUUAAAAAAAAAAGUUCAGGAAGUCUUUGGAACUUUUUCGAUUUCGAAGAAUUUGGAAAAUUCAAAACAAAAUCGUAAAAGUUCUAGGAAUUUCCUGAAUUUGGAAAAAAGUUUAAAGAACUGUACAGUUAACUGUAAUUUCGAAAAUUGCAUGCAAACUUUUCUAUUGAAAAUUUGAAACUUGAAAACUGCGCUUUUCAAUAUGUAAAUUUCUGGAAUUCCCGUUUUUUUUUCAAACUUUUCUCCCAAUUUCAAGAAUAUCCUAGAAAUUUUUCAAUUUUUGUCGAAAUUUUUCAAAAGACGAUUAAAUUUCUCUAGAACUUGACCUUCGAUUCAAAAUUUUUCCGGUAAAAACCUGUGACCAAAUCAUUUUUUCCAACCCAUAGAUAACCCGAAAAUUUCACAGUCACAAGUACAGUAACCUUUCCCAAAAAUUCAGACGAAAUUUGCACAUUAGCAAGAAUAAAUACAAAUAAAUCAAAAUGUAUACGCAUUUUAUGUAUUUCCAUGUUUUCGUUCUCUUGUCGAAUAUUUUAUGAUUAUCCAAUAUUUGCCACCAAAUAAAUAUUUGGCGGAAUUCGUAAAAAGGUCAUCUUUUCCUCUUUUUCUUUCUAUUCUAUGCUAAUUCUCUUCUACCGUACUCUUCCCUUUUUUUCGCAUAUCAAAACUCCGCCUAUUUUUCACUCAUUGGCCAUUUCUCAAACUCCGCCCACUAAUUUUUGAAUCAAAGAAAAAAGCGAAGAGAAGAGCAGAGGAGAUAAGAUUGUUGUUUUUGAAGAGGUGUUUGGUGUGGCGACUAUUUUAUUUCCAGUUGUAAAUUUAUUUUUGAUCUAUUUUUCUUGACACCCGCCAACCCGCGAUGAUUUUUUUAUUGUUUCAUUUGAAUUUUGCUCAAUUUUUUUGAUGAUUCAUUCGUGACUAUAUAUUCUUUUAUGUGAUGAAAAUUUGAACAAAUUAAAAUCGAAAUCAAAAUUCGUGUAUUUUCAGAGAGAAAAUGAUUCAAUCAUCAUUCGACGCACAGCAAUUUUAUGGACGAUGGCCAGACGCCGCAAACUUUUAUGUGAGUUUUGAGGGGGAUUUUAGAAACUUGAUAAAUAGAAACAAAAAUUAGGGAUUUUUUGAAGAUGGCUGAAUUUCGAAUAUCCCCAAGAUUUUCAGCAAAAAAUUAAAGAUCUAUUUUCUUGCAAAAUUUUUCUAUUUAUUUUUCAUUGAUGUAAAAUCGAUAACAUUUUUUUGAUUUACAUAGACUUUUGGAUUAUUGCCAAAUUUUCCUUUAGAUAGAAAAAUAUCAAUAAUUUUGUUCUGAAUCGGUCAAAAUAGUUGAUAAAUGUUAGGAUAUAAAUUCCGAGAGAAGUACAUAAAUGAAUUAUGUGUGCGAUAGAGCGAAUUUGAUUUUCCAUGUUAACACAUUUUUGUGUUUUAGAGGAAAAUCGGUGAUUUAAAAUUUUUCUUCCAAGAUCUCCAAAUUUUUAUCGAUUUAGCGCAAAUUAAUUUAAACGUGACCUCUUGAUUAUUCCAACACAUAUUUCUUCAAAAAAAUAAUUGUCUCCCAUUUCUCAAUCCACAUUUUCUAGGAGCCAAAAUGGAAUGCCGAUUCGAUAUAUUUUCCGUUCCAACAGCCACCAAUUCAACAAAGUGCGGCCGCCGCGGCGACUGGAACAACACAAGCUGACACAGAGGUAACUAAUGAUUGUUUGCACUUUGAUUAUUAUGUAACAUCAAGUUUUUGUUGCGCCAAAAGCGCGCUUUGUCGGAGAAAAUGAGUCACCAUCACCCACCAAAAAGCAAAAAAAAAUAAGUAUUUCUCUUCUUGCAGAGCAAACCAUUGUCAAAUGAGAGUAGUAAUAGUGGAAUGUAUCCAUCACCGGACGCAUUUCCAUCAACAUCUUCAGCCGAUUAUCAGCGAAUGUGUUAUCCGCAAAACUUUUUCAACGCUUAUAUGGAGUAUCCACAAACGUUGUCAUGGAAAGCAAUGUCGUUGUCAACACAAAAACAAUCCGGCGAUAAAUCGGGCGCAAAUGGCGGCAAAAUUAUACCGACUGGACCUGGCACUAAUAGUGAGUGGAAUUUUCGAAUCAGAACUUAUUGUUAGACAAAAAUAUUGGAUUAUUUUUUGGGAACUGCAUGGCUGAAAAAUUAAAUUUCAGUAAAUAGCUCUGAAUUUCUGACUUUAACCUUCGAGAUUUAGGUCAUUUUUCAAAAUUCUUAACUUUUUCAAACUUUGGAGAUCUAAAACAUGGCGCACAGGUCCAAAAAGUUCGGGUAGUUAGGCGGUUAGGCUUUUAAAUUCUAGAAAUAAUAUUUGGGUUCGACUCCCCCGCGAUGUGACGAAAUUUGUUGACUCCAGAGACUCCUCAGUCCUCACACACUAUCUAUUUAUUAUUGAAAAAAAUCCGAAUUUCUUAAUUAAAAGUCUCAUCCGCUGCUCAUUUCUAAUGAAAUGAAAAGCAAAAUCGCAAGAAAAAAAUCAGAGGAGCAGCAAGUGUAAACAUAAAUCAAAGAGAAUUGCCGCUGUCAAAAAUGGCCUCCUUUUUGGUAUAUUAUCUCUAUUUUACAUGGAAUGUGAUGUGUACACAAUUUAUCGCUUUCAUUAUCAGCAGCCGGCAAAAAAGAGCAGGCAGGCAGCUACUGUUUGAAACCGAAUGAAUGAAUGAAUGAUAAUUAAUUUAUGAAUCGAAUCGUUUUUUUAUAAUCGGGUUAUAUAAUUUAGGGAGGGUAUUAACACACCUUUUAUGAGGGUAAAUACGAAUAUGAAAUAAGUGAGGAAAAUAAAAUAACGGAAGAAGCUCAAAGUUAGCCAAAAAUACUAAACUUUCCAAAGAUAGCUAGAUAGAUCAAGAAAAUCCGGAAAUUGUUACUAAAUUUCUCAAGAACCCGAUUUUUUCGGAAACACAUCUACAAAAUGUUGUGCAUUAGAGAGCGUAUGUUUUUGAGGGAAAACUAGAACUUUCAAGAGCAAACACAAACUCUUAUCAGAAAUUUUUGGAAAAAUUAGCUAUCUCAGAUUCUGUCCUGAAACAUUUAUCAUGAAAAAAGUACACUUUUUUCAGAUAUCCGUGUUCGAACAGCUGAUAAAUAUCGUAUGGUAUAUUCGGAUUAUCAAAGACUUGAACUCGAAAAAAGAAUUCCACACAAGUGCAUUCAUCAACGCUGA